AUGUCGGACGCCGAUGGAGAAAGCGCUUUAUUUUUCGAGGAAUGGUCAACCAUGUUCCAGCAUCUCGAUUUCGAUGUCCCCACUUCCACUACAGGCUCUUCCGCCCAAGAUCCAAGCGAUGCUGGACAAGACAUACGCGAGCUGAGCCUCGUAGCACACCAUCCUCCGCCGCCGACUUCCGAGGCAGAUAUGGGUAUUGUCGAAGAUACGGUGGGAAUUUCACCAACACCCACUGAUGUGGGCGCGCGCUCAGCCAAUGACGAUGAAGAGUUUGCCUCUUCUAUUGUAGCAGCUUGCGCAUGGAGAUUUUCUAACUUCUACAGGCGUUUCGGAUCCAUCAGUCGCUUGAAACACUUGUUUCCCCUCGUUGACCCCGACAACGAUGCUGCCAAAACCUGGAAGCGUCGUUUCUCCGAUCGGCGUGUCGCACUAAUCCUUCAUCAAAUCAUCGCCGCGUGUAUAUUCCUCUUCAAUCUGAGUGUUCUCCUGUACGCAAUACGGGAGUAUAAGGUCACGCUCACCACCGGUCAGAUUUUCGGGCCACCGUCGGACCGGAGUUGCUCGUCAAUAGCGACAUACAACAGGUGGCUGCACUUGGGAAUCAACAUCCUCUCGACGGCCCUACAGGGAUCUAGCAACUACUGCGCUCAGUUGCUUGCCGCACCUACGAGAGAAGAGGCGGUACAGGCUCAUCGUAAGGGCGAUUGGUUUGACAUCGGCAUCCCCAGUAUCCGGAAUCUGCGUAAGAUCCCCUGGAACCGGAGCAUUACCUGGUUCCUUCUAAUGCUUAGCUCCGCGAUUUUACAUUUGACGUGGAACUCGGCAAUCUUUGCCGCUAUAUCGGUCAGCUCUUAUGACGUUGUUCACGUAUCGCACGACUUUCUAUCGGACCCAAGCCCUUGGUUGGCUGCUCCCCCACAGGUCAACGCCAUGCGAGAAAACAUCAGCAAGUUGCAUCGGCUGGACAACGCGGAUUGCAUCAAGCGGUACAUCAACCGUCCAGCAGGCCUAAGAGACGUUAUUCUUGUCAGCGCCAACAUAUCCAUGCACGAUCACAAGACGAUAAUCUCGGACAACCCUGGCUCUUCCUUGCUGCACGUGGAGCCCAAUUCCAGAGGAACGGAUUGGGGUCUCGCAAGUGCCUGGAUGUGCUCCAGGUGGAGGACCCCUCAGAACGCUGCGAACACGUCAUUUGACACGCCCGUGUGGUGCAGGGAAGAACUUCUCGAACCUGCAUCGUCUUGGAGCGUCCAAGGAAUUCGGUGGUACAACGACGUUGUUAUUUCCACCAUAUGGUCUCGGGUUGCCUACUGCUUGAGUGCUGGCGAAGACUUUCAGCGGAUGGACAAGCUGUGCGCACUGCGCUUCAGUCCCAUCAUCCUCGCCGUUGUCUGCGUGCUCAGCCUAAUCAAGUCUGUGUGUAUAUCCUAUACCGCCUACAUCCACCUGCAUCAGGCCCAGCCGAAAGGGUGGCAGGGUACGACGUCGCGGAAUGACGGCCCUCGAGCCCAUCUAUGGGAGAGGUGGAGCAGGCUCUGGGUUGCUGAUGAUUUUGAUCCUCAAAAAGCUCCGAUUGUAACAAUUGGCGAUGCGGUGUCAUCCUUCCUCAAGGAAGAUGACCCGGAGACUAGAUCCAUGGUUCUGGCAGCCAAGGAAGACUUCCUAAGGCGGUCUGGGAAAAGAAGGAAACCCCAGUUAGGACUACCAGAACCAUGCAGAUGGUACCAUGCUGCGAGUCGGAGACGGUGGUUGGCAACGAUACUUCCCACACUCCUGUUGCUGGUAUGUGCAGCAACUGGAAUUGCACAAUUUGCCAAGGGCCUGAAGUACCGUAGACUGGAUGUCGGCAUUGCAGGCCUAUGGAGGUACGGCGUUGGAACAACUCAGCUACAUUCACUUGCGUUCGGCACCCUCAUGCGGAGUCUUGGUCAGACGGGCGGGUUUUUCGCAACGGUAUUCUUUGCCAACGUCUUUCAGCUCAUCGCCAGUGGCCAGUAUCUGCUGUACAACAGCGUCUUGACGAGCCUGCUAGCGGCAGCCGAGUGGAACAGUUUCCUUGUAAAACGGCGAACGGUCCGAGUUUCCUGUCCCAAAGGCAUCCAGCGCUCUUCCUACUUCCUCUCCCUCCCGUUUAGAUACGGCAUCCCAUUGUCGCUCUCUUCGAGUAUCCUACAUUGGCUGAUCUCGCAGAGCAUCUUCACCGUCCAGACGAUUGCCUACGUGUCCCCGGACUUUGAACGAGACCCAACGCUGGAUGCGUCCGUUAUAGGAUUUUCCAUCAUGGGAUUGAUUCUAUCAUUGAUCCUCAUCAGCACAAUCCUCAUCGCUGUAUGCUCGAUUGGCAUUUUCAACAAGUACGACGGCAAGCCAUACCCGAUGCCACUGGCUUUCACCUGCAGCGCCGCAAUCAGUGCGGCUUGCCACGCACACCCCGAUGACCGAGAUGCGCACCUGCUCCCGCUCAUGUGGGGGUUUGUUGCCGAUACUCCCGGAUCGACGUCCGGACGAUUUUGCUUCACGACCGCCCGGGACGUGGAAUGGCCGGAUGAUAUCGACGGGCGUCUGCGGCAUGCGGAUGAGCCAUGCGGUGAACUUUCCGGUAGCGCGGCUGGCGGUGGUGCUUUGGGCGCAGUCUGA